GUGCCACGCUUCUUGAACUCCUCGCCAUCCGAAUCCAACUCGUGUCACCGUAUGCUCUCCGGCAGCCUCCUGCUCCUCCCCUCGCAUCCCAAAUUCACCUCGCCGCCGGCCAGGUCGUCGCGGCCCCGCCCCGGCGCCCGCCAUCACCGACCAAGCCUUCUUCGCCAGGAUCGCACCGCGCGCCCAGCACAUCGCCGAGCCCGAGCGCCCCUUCCACCGAAGCAGCUUCAGGCGAUGCUUCUGGUGGAAUCGGAGCCUCAUCUCUGACCGCUGCCAUGGAGCAGAGUAGCGAUGGGAUGCCAAGGCAGCGGAGGGACUUCAGUUCAACAAAUCACUUGAGCAACUCCGACGCGGUUGCUGAAGGCAUGACUGAUAUAUCACAUGAAACUUCGAAACAUUGGCAAGAUAUGGAAUCAGAAAAUACAGAGGUUCCACCUCAAAAGAAGAAUGUGCACGGCUUCAAUGAGUGCAGUAGUUUAAAAAAUCUUGAAAGGACCAAAUGCAGAUGGUCACCAGAGGAAAAUGAGCUACUCACUCAAUUGGUACACAAACAUGGGACAAAGAACUGGCAUAAUAUUUCAUGUGCUAUACCUGAUCGAAAUGCACAUGCAUGUUUAUCAAGAUGGAAAUACGUUCUAGACCCAGCAAUAAAUAAAGAGGCUUGGUCGCAACAAGAGGAGCUAAGAUUGAUUCGUGCACAUCAAAUAUAUGGAAACAAGUGGUGUAAAAUGGUCAAACAUUUCCCAGGGAGUGAGAGCUCAUUAUGCAUAUACCCUCUUCAAACUACUGUGAGGGUGGCACUAAAGUUAUUGACAUCAUGUACAACCAGGACAAAUAAUGCACUCAAAGAACACUGGAGGGGUUCUAUGAAAAGAAAACUGGAUUCAUAUUUAGCCUCAGGGUUGCUUGAACAAGUUCCUGACCUUCAUGAAAAUCUAUCAGUUCUGCAGAGCAGUCAGUCAGAUAGUCCAAAGGACAGCAAAGUUUCAUCUGAUAGAAGUCAAUUUUCGUCAAUUUUAUCUACAAGGUCCAAACUUAAACAAGAGAUCAGAGAACUAAGUGAAAAUGCUGAUACUUCAGUAGGAGAAAGCUCUGAUUUCAUCUAUGCUAAAGCACUUGAUACCCAUUCAGCCAAAGUUUCUGAAAGUAUAAUAACUAAACCGCAGCAGUGUGCGAGAGCAAGAAAGAAACUGGAUUCGGUGUCAACCCCAGUGAAGCUCAAGAGUGAUUUACCACCUGAAACCGUCAAAUGUCGUCAAGAAAUGGAAUCAGGAAAGACAGAGGGACCACCAUGCAAGAAAAAUGGCUACUGCUUCAAGGAGGGAAGUAGUUUGAAAAAUUCUGAAACGACCAAAGGAAGAUGGUUAGCAGAGGAAAAUAAAAUUCUCACUAAAAUGGUUACCAAACAUGGGCUGAAAAACUGGCAAACUAUCGCAUCUGCUAUACCUAGCCGAAAUGCACAACAGUGCCGAAUAAGAUGGACACGCAGUCUUGACCCAGCAAUAAACAAAGAGGAUUGGUCUGAAGAGGAGGAGCUAAAAUUGAUUCGUGCCCAUCAAAUAUAUGGAAGCCAGUGGCUUAAAAUGGUCAAACAUUUCCCAGGGAGGACAAAUCAUGCACUCAAAGAACACUGGAGAGGUCGUAUGAAAGGAAAACUGAAUUAUUAUUUAGCCUCAGGACGGCUCGAAGAAAUUACAGACCUGAAAGAAGAUAUAUCAGUUCCAGAGAGCAGUCAGUCAGAUAUUCCAAAGGACAGCCAGGGUUCAUCUGAGAGAAAUCGACCACCAUCAUCUUUACCCCCAAGACCCAAAUCUAAAACUGACCUCUCAGAACUUGAUGAAAAUGCAGAUACAUCAGAAGAGGAAAGUUCCGACUGCAUCUAUCCUAAAGGUCUUGAUGCUCAUUCAGCCAAAGUCUCUGAAAAGAUAAUGGCAAAAUCAAAGCAGCGAGCUAGAGCAAGAAAGAAACUGGAUUUUCUGUCGACCCCAGUGGAGCUCAAGGUGUGCACCGCUGCAGCAAGUUGUCAAAGGCCUCCCCCGAAAAUGGAACAAACAACUCCAGCCAGUGACAAUAGCUCUCCGUCAGAUGUAUGCCAAGGUAUUCCACAAAAUGCUGCAUCAGAACCUGUGGAUGUGGUUAUACCAACAGCUGCUAGUAACCAUCCCAAUGAUGUUCAUUCAUUGGCAACCCCAGAUCCAUGCUCACUGGAGAUACAUGAGGCGGAUGCAUCAGAUCUUCUGGACAUGUCCUACUGUGAUGGCUUGAUGAUCGAUUCUCCUCUUUAUCUGCAUGGCAGUAGCUUCAUAUAGAAUGAAGAUCGUCACUUAGACAGUGCAACGACAAGUAUUGCGCUUGCUCCGUUGCACCUUUUUGGUACCAGGAGAUGAUGAACUGAGGUACAAACUUGAUGCUGUCUUCCUAUAAUCGAACAGCUCCACGUAUAAGGAGCUCGCUGCGUGUUGGAUGGAAUUUUUAUAUUGCAUAAGUUGCAAUUCUGUUCUGUUAAAUGUCACUGUCUCACUGGUUUGGAGGGCAGUUUUCUAUUUUCAGUUUGUUUAAACUA